ACUCUAUUGGUUCUUAGUGGUGCUCUAUAGGUAAAUCGAGCUUUCUGCUCUUUCACUACUGUGUCGGAGAGGACUGUGUAGAGUGAACCUGAAUCAGCACCAGCAAGGAGAGACAUACACGUUAGUUGUAGACUAAUCUGUUACAAUGGUGUGCCGCUUGCUGACCUAAAAGUCAAAGUCAAGAAGAUCCAUGUUUCUAUUUGAUUUGAAUAGAAUACUCAGAUCAAGUAGGUGACAUUUCCAAUUCGAUUUCCAACGUGAUCACUAUGAUGCCGCGUCUCGAACGUUUUUGCCAGCGUCAGAUGUCGUUGAAAGGCCUUCCACUAUGAUGGUCGCUGCUUCCUCUGAAGAUGCUUGCACCAAGAAGAUCGAACGAGCGCUGGGCAUUCCAGAUUACCAGUCAUCUUCUGCUUUGCUAGCGGUAGUUGCCACCGUGGUCUCCAGCAAUUCGUAUUCGUGAUGUAACAUUAAGGCUCAACUUUCAAUGGUCAUUGGGUUUGGUCACUGAGAUCGAAGAGGCGACCCCUUGAGAGAACAGGGGAAAACGAAGGGAAAGGGGAGAGCUUUGAAGGGGGUCUCUUCCGUUCCGACUCAGUCGUGGCCACUGAGUGCUGAGCUUUAAUAAACACGAGCAUACAAUUCCACAUCCACUUCCAGCACCUCCGCACAUCGACCAUUACCUCCAAGAGCCAUGUUCCGUUGUUCGCCCUUUCCGCAGGUAAGGCGGAUGUUCUUACCAUACUACAGUAAGGAGCGCGGGCCACCGGUGAUCCGAUUCCACACCUGUGGACAGGCGUCUCAGCCCUUUUUCAAGAUGGUCGCGUGCAAUCGCAGGGAUCCUAGGAACGGCAAACACAUAGAGGUUCUCGGCAGUUAUGCACCGAAAGUGUUCACAAACGUCAAAGAAAUACGCUUGCGGUUUUCAAGGGUAUAUAUUGUCACUUUGUUGAGAAGACCCGUAAUUAAAUUCUAAGGCUUACGGGAGUGUUAUGAAGACGCGCAAGUUCUACCUUCUUGCGUCAAGGAUGUUGCCGUCACAAAAGGAAACAUGAUCUGAAGACACCUACUGACAUACAACGUUUCUGCAUGCAUAAAUCGUUUCUUUCAAACUUCUCUUGCCAGGCACAUCAAUCAAUCAGUCAAUCCUUAGACUAAAGAGCGCAUGCAAGGUCCUCGAUAUUAAGGUGAAGGUAAUGUGGAUCCCAUCAAUUCCUACACCAGAUAAAAUUCUGGUUAGGGGUCGGAGCGCAGAUGAGCCCAGCGGUGAGCGACAUACUGGCGCUGGCGGGUCUGAUACCGCCAAGACCGCCACCGUUUGGUCGACGGACUAAGGGACAUUACGAGAAGUUGAAGCUUGUGCUGGAGAAGCGCCAGGUAUUGCACAAUUUAGCAAUAGAAGAGUAUCACCGAAGCGGCGGAGGAAAAGGCGUGCAUGUGCGAUAGGGGUGAGGGGAGGACUGUCCUUGUUGAGGGGAUGACUGCUCCUUUAUGUCACACAGAAAACAGUUUCUAUCCCACAGGGGAAACCGGAUUGUCCUUUAAGUUCAACAAAGAUGGAAGAAAAAAACCAGAACUACACCCUUCAUAGUUGAACAAGAUAUCAGCCUCAGUCGCGAACGUGAUAUGGAAGAUCAAGAUCAUGAAGAUGGCGAAGAGACGGGAGGGAUUACCACACAUAAUGAACUGACGUGAGACAGCACUGGCUUCUACAACGCCUGUCGUGAUAUAUCAUAUCUACGGAAUAAGUACGUUAUCUUAU